CCAGCGAUAUGCUGCAGAGGUAGGUUGCGUACCGAAGCGAAGCCACGGGUUUGUUCCUUUCGCCCCUUUAGUUGGAGACGUGGAGUGGCAGCCACAGUAGUGAUGGACAACCAGGAGAGGGAACAAGGCGGUGAUCCCAAUGGUACGAGUGAACACAGCUCGGGCGGGGGCGGUGGUCCCACUGCUGAGACGCCAGACAAGCCAGACGAGGAGUUGAAGAGUUCCGAGAAAGCAGUCAAAGUGGACGAGGAAGCUACAACGGACGACACACCUGCAGUAAACCAGCCCGAUCCUUCGCCCAGUCCCAAACGAAGUCGGGGUACUUUCAGAAGAUUUUUUAGCAACUUUCUCAGUUACGACAGGACAUCCAGUGAUGCAGAGUCAGAGAUAAUCGACUUCAGUCAGCUCCCAAUUGAAAAGAAGAGAAAUUACUACAAGUGUGAGAAAGACUAUCUGACUCUUUCAGACAUCCCACCGUGGUCUGAGGGUUGCAAAAGUCUUCCACGUCCCAAGAUGAAGAAGAGGUCAGAACCACUUGCGUUUAGUGUGGAUGAUGACCUGAAUGGAAAGGUGUCGCUGUGGAGAGGGGAUAUAACUAGACUCGAGAUUGAUGCCAUAGUGAAUGCAGCCAACUCUAGUCUGCUGGGAGGGGGCGGAGUCGAUGGGGCCAUCCACUCUGCAGCUGGGAGGGGCCUCCUGCGAGAGUGCAGGACAUUGGGAGGCUGCGACGCAGGUGACGCCAAACUGUCACAAGGAUACCGACUGCCAGCCAAGUAUGUUCUGCACACUGUCGGACCGACGAACAACAAGAAAGCAGUUCUGGAGAACUGCUACCGACGUUGCUUAGAGUUGGCACUUGUGCACAACAUCAGAUCUCUUGCCUUCCCUUGUAUUGCUACUGGAGUGUACGGAUUUCCUAACGAGAAGGCAGCACAAAUAGCUCUGGUGACAACUCGCAAAUGGCUGGAAGAGAACAGGGAUAAGGUGGACAGAAUCAUAUUCUGUGUUUUCCUAGAAGUCGACUACAAACUCUACUGCCGAUAUCUCCACCAUGUCUACCCCAUUGAGCCUUCAGUCAUUCAGGAUUCUCAGGAACGUGGUAUAUAAGAUUAUUACCGUGCACUGUACCUAUUCUCAGAUUGUUCACUGAGUGUGUUCCACAGUGCCUGCUGCAGCUAGAGAGGACAACAGACCAUUAAAGCCGACUUGGUUCUAUGCAUCUUUUUUCUAACUAUUGAACACCUUAGAGGGUGGUUCCGGAGGGAAAUCUACACGAACAGAGUCUGACAGUACCUCGUCUAAUCCUACUGGAUCAGGAGUACCGAUUAAUUCCCCGUUGAUAUCAGUAGAACCCAGCCCCUCAGCUAACGCCCCACCCCAGACUGGGGAGAUUGGUGAGGGCGGGGAGGUUGGUGAGGGCGGUGGAGUUAAAAUGGAAGUAGAGGAACAAGGAGACAAGGAGGUCAAGUCAGCAGAGAAUGGUCCUGGUGGGGGUGAGGAGGAAGAAAAGGAAAAACUGAAGAGUGAUGAGGAAAGAAAGGAAAGACGUGAAACUGCUGGAGGUGGUGGUGAAGAGAAUAGAGGGGAUUCUGAUACUUCACACGCAAAGGACCCUGGCUUUGAAUCAUAAACAUCUUCCGUUUUACAAUUCACAAUAAUAUUGUACGCUUCACAUAAAAAAUUUCCCAUUGAAUAAGAGUAUGAGCAAGUGAAAUAUAUAUGAGCAAGUGAAGCAGUCGGUCUACAUCAGUGGAUAUGUUCCAGUACUCCUUGUCUGAUGAGAGGCUCACACUGAGACCUUGGGAGGUAGUGCUGAGUGUUCUUGUGCAGCAGGACCACCGUCCCGUCCUCCAUCUCAAACUCCCCGUAGUCCUCCAGACACCGGACCUCCACCAACAGGCUCUUCGGAGGCUGGAGGUGCUGCGUGAGGUCCAGACCGGUGGGGGCGAUGGACCGCAUGUACGUCGCCAGUGAGCGGUUGUAGCGCGUGAACCACUGUAUCUCCUGCUCGCACAGACUGAGUCUGAAGGAGGGAGGGAGAACGCUGCCCGUCUGCCACCGGUAGUCCCUGAUACGAGUCAUGCGGUGGUGGACGUAGGCCAGGAGGCAUCGCUGGUUCCUCUCCAGACAGGCGUGCCUCAACUGGAUACCUGAAAGGAGUCCCCUCUCCCCGUCAGUGGUGGCGCGGACCUCCAACUGGUUCUGCUCGAAGAGGGUGCGCAUCUCCUCCACCACCUGCCUGAUGCCGUCAUCGUUGUAGGGGGGCAGGUUUCCGUCUUGAGACCUCUUCAGCUCCCGCACAAGUUCCAGCGCCUUCUCCCCAAACAUCGCGCACCAAAUCCAA